AUGUCCAAAUCCCUUAUCUUCAUCACAGGUGCCACAGGCUACAUCGGUGCUGAAGUUGUUCACCAGGCACUUGAAGCAGGCUACCGCGUCCGUCUCAGCAUCAGAAGACCCGAACAGGCUACUAUAUUGAAGAACCGCUACCCCAAAUAUGCUUCUGACAUCGAGACUGUCGUGAUCCCGGAUAUCACUCAACGUGAACCUUUUGAAUCCGCUUUGGCUGAUAUCGACGCUAUCAUCCAUGUCGCAUCUCCCCUUCCUGGAACAGGAACAGACUUGAAACAAGAUUUCAUCAAGCCUGCACUCAAUGGCACAGAAGCGAUACUGUAUGCAGCGCUCAAAUUCCCCAAGAUAAAAGCUGUCGUCAUCACUUCGUCUGGUAUUGCUUUGCUGCCAAUUGCCACUCAUAUGGAAGUCGACAGAGUUCUCAGUGAAAACACGGGUGAAGUGUUCCCCGUAGACACUGACAUGGACAUACCAGAUGGUCCAGAGGGUCAGCAAACAAUGUACCGCAUCUCAAAGGUUCUGGCCCAUCAAGCUGCCCGCGACUUCAUCGCAAGAGAAAAGCCUUCGUUCAAGGUGUUCAGCACACACCCAACACUUGUCAUUGGUGAAAGCAGAAUUCAGGGCUCGGCCGAGCAGAUCGACUUCGUAAACGGUCAUUUGUGGAUGAUCAUCCAACACGGGAUGCCCAACCCUCCGCCCCUUCCGUCUGUCUGGGUAGAUGUCAAGGAUGUGGCUGCCAUCCAUGUCAGAGCAAUCAACUGCGAUGCUCCUUCGGGUACCGAAUUCAUCGCUUCGGGCCCCGAAGUAACCUGGAAUGAGAUCGCAGAGUUCACGAAGCAAGAAUACCCCGAAAUCAGCAAACUCGAGCCGAUUUACGAUGGGCCCAACAGUAAAGCAGAUGCUGCCAAUGCUGGGAAGUACCUUGGUCUUGAAUGGCGUCCGUGGAAGCAGACAUUUAGAGAGACCGUAGAGCAGCAGUUGAGCUUCCAAGACAAGGUCUCGAAGUAG